AUGAACUCCAAGAGCAGGGUGGGUGGGACGAAGGGUGACACGAAGGGAGUUAGCCGACAGCGCCCACCAAAAGAGGAGAAGCGGAAUGCCUCUAGCGGCGAAGCCGCAAAAAAGGCGUCUGUAGGACGCAAGGCGGAUGAAACGCACGUCAAACGUGCCCAGUCCGCAAAUGUUCCUUCUGUCCAGCAGAAAGUGCAAGUGACCACUGCCACCAGUUGGGUGAAGGGAAGUAGUUCGCUUUCUUUUGCCGAUGUUGUACGGAAAAAGACGGAGGCUGCGGUCGUGACUGUGCUGCCGGAGCAGCUCCACGAGGAAGUUGCGGAAUCCGUUCAUGAGGAAACGGAUGCUGUAGAAGUGACGCCUGAUGUUCAAGAAGAUCCGGUGCAUGUUCCUCCUGAGCAGACUGAGCACACUGAGAAGGAGGACAUUGCGUACGCCACGAUGCAGCAGGAUGCUGCUAUUGUUGAAGCCGUUAUUCCUCCCCCUCCUGAGGAGGAAGUGGAGGAGGUGCCUUCUGUAAAAUACUACGUGCUUGAGAUUGACAGAAUUGUGGAGGAGUCUGUGAACCUGCCUCCCCGCACGAUGACGACUGCAACGGAGUACAUGGGGGUCUACACCUUUUCGGGGCAGGCAGGUAAGCCCCCGACGCCCCCCGCGACGACGCAACUUCAACAGCAGUUUUAUCGUCCCGAGGCGACGGCUGCUAGGACAUUUGCUGGAAUGGGCGGAACCGCAGAUCUCAGCCGGGGACAGCACUGGGGACCACAGCCAGGUCACGCAGUGGAUUACACAAACGCAAACUGGUCACUUCCGGAUCGUGGUCAGCGCGUCUUCCACCAGGGGAUGCAGUACAGCUCGUACGCGCCGCCGCCACCCGUGCAGCAGCAGCAGCAGCAACCACAGAGGAAUUUCAUGCCACAGACUGUCAACCGUAUUCUGCAGAACGAUGCUGCAGAUGCUCCGCUGCGUCAUAUCCGUGACCCGGGAGCAUUCAACCGCCAGUCAGGCAAUGGCGGAGGCGUGUGGUGA